GAUUAUCAAGAUGAACAGAGGCUGAGAAGGGAGUCAAAAUUGAAGCUCAGAAGGGAUGGUAUCAGAUGGAGGAAUGUCUCUAGACAACGGGAGAGAUAAGCCUUCUCAUCCAGCUAGAAAGAUUAACCCCAGUGGAGAAGAAUAUAGUCUGUUUCACUAUAUUCAUUGAGUACAAUCAACGGGAGAAAAGACAUCUCUUCUGCUAUAAACUGAGAUAAUGAACAAAGUAUGGGCACAAAUACAGAUUAUAUUAAAAGUUACUGCCAAGGAGUUGAGAAAAUUCCCAUCUAAUUGCUUCUGUCUUUAUGAGGUUUGAUGCUAGGGUACCUGCCCUGGAUAAAGGAAAGAAGAGGUGGAGUUGAAGGUUUGAGGACAACAGAGAAGGUUCAGUGAACAUUUUUGCAGAUAAAUCUUUGCAUAUUUCUGUUCAUUUCCGUAAAAUACUUUUUGCUGACUCAAAAAUGUAUACAUUUUUAAGGAUAUCAGAAGAUACUAUGGCCAGGUGCAAUGGCUCACACCUAUGAUCCCAGCAAUUUUAGAGGCUGAGGCAGGCAGAUCACUUGAGGCCAGGAGUUCGAGACCAGCCUGGCCAACAUGGCAAAACCGCAUCUCUACUAAAAAAAAAAAACAAAAAUCCAAAAAUUAGCUGGGUGUGGUGGUGCACACCUGUAGUCCCAGAUACUCUGGAGGCUGAGGCGUGAGAAUCGCUUGAAACCAGGAGGCAAAGGUUGUGGUGAGCUGAGAUUGCACCACUGCACUGCAGCCUGGGUGACAGAGUGAGACUCUGUCUCAAAAAAAAAAAAAGAAGAAGAAAAAGAAGAAGAUACUGCCUUAAGAACCUGACCAUAAAACCACGUUUGUGCUUAAAGCCAUUGACCUAACACGCAUAUCAGUGCUUUCAUGCCUUAAAAAUUAAGAAAAAUUAUCUACCUCUAUGUGCUACAAGAUGGUCUUCAACUUCUACUGUGCCUCGAAUUACUACCCAUUAUACUAUUUAUCCCCGGGAUAAGGACAAGAGAUGGGAAGGAGUGAACAUGGAAAGGUUUGCAGAAGAAGCAGAUGUUGUAAUAGUUGGUGCAGGCCCUGCAGGGCUCUCUGCAGCUGUUCGUCUAAAACAGUUGGCUGCGGCACAUGAAAAGGACAUCCGUGUGUGUCUAGUGGAGAAAGCUGCCCAGAUAGGAGCUCAUACUCUCUCAGGGGCUUGCCUUGAUCCAGGUGCUUUUAAAGAACUCUUCCCAGACUGGAAAGAGAAGGGGGCUCCACUUAACACUCCUGUAACAGAAGACAGAUUUGGAAUUUUAACAGAGAAAUAUAGAAUUCCUGUGCCAAUUCUUCCAGGGCUUCCAAUGAAUAAUCAUGGCAAUUACAUUGUACGCUUGGGACAUUUAGUGAGCUGGAUGGGCGAACAAGCAGAAGCCCUUGGUGUUGAAGUAUACCCUGGUUAUGCAGCUGCUGAGGUCCUUUUUCAUGAUGAUGGUAGUGUAAAAGGAAUUGCCACUAACGAUGUAGGGAUACAAAAGGAUGGUGCACCAAAGGCAACAUUUGAGAGAGGACUGGAACUACAUGCUAAAGUCACAAUUUUUGCAGAAGGUUGCCAUGGACAUCUAGCCAAGCAACUAUAUAAGAAGUUUGAUUUGAGAGCAAAUUGUGAACCUCAAACCUACGGGAUUGGACUGAAGGAGUUAUGGGUUAUUGAUGAAAAGAACUGGAAACCUGGGAGAGUAGAUCACACUGUUGGUUGGCCCUUGGACAGACAUACCUAUGGAGGAUCUUUCCUCUAUCAUUUGAAUGAAGGUGAACCCCUAGUAGCUCUUGGUCUUGUGGUUGGUCUAGACUAUCAGAAUCCAUACCUGAGUCCAUUUAGAGAGUUCCAAAGGUGGAAACACCAUCCUAGCAUUCGGCCAACCUUGGAAGGUGGAAAAAGGAUUGCAUACGGAGCCAGAGCUCUCAAUGAAGGUGGCUUUCAGUCUAUACCAAAACUCACCUUUCCUGGUGGUUUACUAAUUGGUUGUAGUCCUGGUUUUAUGAAUGUUCCCAAGAUCAAAGGUACUCACACAGCAAUGAAAAGUGGAAUUUUAGCAGCAGAAUCUAUUUUUAAUCAAUUAACUAGUGAAAAUCUCCAAUCAAAGACAAUAGGACUCCAUGUAACUGAAUAUGAGGACAAUUUGAAGAACUCAUGGGUAUGGAAAGAGCUAUAUUCUGUUAGAAAUAUAAGACCGUCCUGCCACGGAGUACUGGGUGUAUAUGGAGGGAUGAUUUACACUGGAAUCUUUUACUGGAUAUUGAGAGGAAUGGAGCCAUGGACUCUGAAACAUAAAGGUUCUGACUUUGAACGGCUCAAGCCAGCCAAGGAUUGCACACCUAUUGAGUAUCCAAAACCCGAUGGACAGAUCAGUUUUGACCUCUUGUCAUCUGUGGCUCUGAGUGGUACUAAUCAUGAACAUGACCAGCCGGCACACUUAACCUUAAGGGAUGACAGUAUACCUGUAAAUAGAAAUCUGUCGAUAUAUGAUGGGCCCGAGCAGCGAUUCUGUCCUGCAGGAGUUUAUGAAUUUGUACCUGUGGAACAAGGUGAUGGAUUUCGGUUACAGAUAAAUGCUCAGAACUGUGUACAUUGUAAAACAUGUGAUAUUAAAGAUCCAAGUCAGAAUAUUAACUGGGUGGUACCUGAAGGUGGAGGAGGACCUGCUUACAAUGGAAUGUAAACGGCAGCUAGCCAGUUUCUUUCAAGUAUGGCAAGCUAACGUUAAAAUGUUUAGAGAUUAACAGAUUUCAGAAUGUCUUUCUGCAUAUUACUGAACAGAAUAGUCACAAAAUGAUUAUCAAAUAAAAAUUUUAUACUAUAUCUAAGAUUGUCCCAUAAAAAAAUUACGGGUAUUGCUUUUAAAUAACCUUUGUAAGAAUGCAGCAUCUUCCUACCUCUUCAGUUCUUCAGAGAUUCAGUACCAAGAGCAAAAUUCACGACUGGACUUUAUGUUUGACUUGCCAAAGUUAAGUAAUCAAAUAUAAAAAUGAAUAUAUAUUCUAGACUGAAGUUUUAUUGAAACACAGCCAUACCCAUUGGUUACACAUUGUCUAUGGCUAAUUUUGAAUUACAACUGUACAGUUGAGUGGGUGUGACAUUACAUGGUCUACAAAGCCUAAAAACUUUAUGAUCUGGCCCUUGCAGAAAAAGUAUACCCAUCCCUGAACAAGUUUGUGUGUGUGUGUGUGUGUGUGCACGUGUGUGUGUGUGUGUGUAUUAUAAGUAUGAAAACCUAGCAUCAUCCACCAUGGAUACAUCAAAGAAUUGAAGGAAACAAUAUACAAACUUAAGCUCUCAUCUCUUUAUUCAAUAACAUGUGUCUUUACAAGUUUAAAAAGACUGGACACCAUUAUUCUUUAUGAAUAAUGCACAUAACCAUUUUAAAAAACAUUUUACUUGGCCGGGCACGGUGGCUCACACCUGUAAUCCCAGCACUUUGGGAAGCCAAGGCGGGGCGGAUCACGAGGUCAGGAGUUCAAGACCAACGUGACGUGACCAAUAUGGUGAAACCCCAUCUCUACUAAAAAUACAAAAAUUAGCUGGGCGUGGUGGCACGUGCCUGUAAUCCCAGCUACUUGGGAAGCUGAGGCAGGAGAAUUGCUUGAACCCGGGAGGCAGAGGAUGCAGUGAGCCGAGAUUGCACCACCGCACUCCAGCCUGGGUGACAGAGCAAGACUCCAUCUCAAAGAAACCAACAAAACCACUUUACUUACUGUAUUGUGACAUGUUUAUUAAGCAUGAACCCCUAUCAGUACUCCUAAACUGUAAACAGUAAGGAACUAAGGUGUCAAAAGAAACACAUUAGGGAUCAUAUUCAUAGACAAAAACCUUUACAUUUUCUUAUUGCAUUUAUACAAUCAACACACAAUAAGCAAAACUGAAUCCUUUCUAAGCAAACAUUUUUGCAUAUACUGCCUUCUCUUUAUCUUUCUGUGCCUUUAUCUUUUGUUUGACUUUCAGCAAUUCUGCCUGGAUAGCUGUAAAAUAAAUAUGCAAUGUGAGUUAUUUCUCAAAAUAUCCAAAAAAUUAUGGUGACUAACAAACUAUUUUAAUGUUAACUACCCCUUGAAAAAACUUCUCUAUUAUAAAGUAACUAAGCCCUAGUAACAGAAAAUCUGAGCAAUCACACAAACACAGAAAUGAAAAGUAAUUUUAGAGGACUGUCAACUGAGAGAACUCAAGUACAUCAAGAUUUGCCUUCUCCGUCUACAUUAGAGAACAGUAAUUGCUUCCCUUGUUUCAUUUUAGUAAUAAGAGACCAAAGACAUUUUGUAAUACCCAGAUCUAGUGUCACUAUUCAUAGUUGGUUUAUUUGAAAAACAAACUUAUUUUUGUCAUAGUUUCCUGAAACAUAUAACCAGUACUUCAAUGCUAAGGUUAUAGCCACAUUCAACUUGAAUGGUCCCAAAUGUUAAAUUUACCAUGAAUACUGUGUCUUACAAUGCUGAGCUCUCGACUAGACUAACCAGAAUAGGAACACAGUCUCAAAGGAUACCAUAAGACAAACAGUAUUUAGACAUAUAAAAAACUACAGAGAUGAUAACUUGAAGAAUAAAUAACGUGAAAAACUACUAUAUUCUUGAAUGGGAGUAGAAUGUAAGCUCUUUGAGGGCAGGGACUUUGACUGUCUUGUUCAUUGCUAUAUGAUAAUGCCUGGCCCAACAGCAGGCAUUCUGUAGUAUCUGUUGAACAAACAUCUAAAAUCUGGCAAAGUGAACAAUGGUUCCUGAGGAUAAGUAUUUAAAUAACAAAAUUAGCUUUCACUACAAAAGCUGCCAACUUACCUUUAUCUUCUGGUGCUAUCUCCUGAGCUUUCUUAAGAUCAGCCUUUAAUUGGAAAAAAACAUUUAAGUUAGGUGUAUGAUUUAUAAAGGUUGUCUAUUUUAAAAAAUUAAACAUUUGGAACAAAA